CGGAAAGACUACAAUCAUUAAACAAAUGAAGAUUUUGCACGUAAAAGGAUUUUCUGAGAGUGAAAAAGAAGAAAAGAAAGGGGAUAUAAGAAGAAACAUACUGGAAGCUAUUAAGGAGCUUGCUGGAAGUAUGAUGCAGUUAGAGCCUCCAGAAUACGUUGCGGAGAGUAACAAGGAGAGUUUGCACUAUGUGGAAGCAAUCAGCUUAAUCGAAACAUAUAACUUUCCUCAGGAAUUUUACGACCAUGUUAUUCGACUAUGGAGUGAUGAAGGAGUUCAGCGGGCCUUUAAUAGAAUGAACGAAUUCCCUCUCAUAGAUUCUGCCAAAUACUUCUUGGACAAGGUGGAUGCCAUAAGAAAAGAUGAUUAUUCACCAACAGAUCAAGACAUCCUGCAUUGCAGAAAACGUACUACUGAAAUUCAGAAAAUAGAAUUCCAAGUAAAAGUUCCGAAAAAGUAUGGAGGUGGCACACAGAACUUCUGGAUGUUCGACGUAGGGGGACAGAGGGGGGAGCGGCGGAAGUGGAUUCAGGUAUUCGACGGCAUUACAGCCAUUCUGUUCCUGGUCGCAUCUUCAGGGUUCGACCUCAAGUUGAGGGAGGACAAUCAAACCAACAGACUCAUGGAAUCUCUGUUGCUUUUUCAAGAUGUUUGGAGAAGCCGCUUUUUGAAAGAGUCUGGUUUCAUCCUGUUUCUCAACAAGCAAGAUCAGUUACAGGAAAAAAUUGAACGAGGAGCGAAAAUAGAAGACUACUUUUCUGAAUAUAAGGACUACAUCCCAAACGAUACAGUAUCAAAUGAAUAUGAAAAAGCUCGAAGUUUCAUAAAAGAUCUUUUUCUGCAAGAAACCAAGAAAUCUACAUCAAGAACAACAUCGGCAGAGAAUUAUAUUGAAUUUCGAAGAAGCUCCAACUCCCGAGACUGCUAUUGGCACUACACGACUGCCACAGAUACACAGAUCGUAAAAAGGGUUUUUGAUGAUGUACACACUAUGAUCAUAAAGCUUAAUUUGGAGAACAUAGCACCUGCAUGAUCACAGUGAAACUGGAAAAUAUUUAUAAAAAGCUAUGUGGAUGUGUUAGCUAUGUGUGCACAUUUGCUAUGCAAGGAAACACAGUAUGGGACCCCGACUUCGGAAUCCCAAAAUCCGGAACUUUUCCCCUUAAAUAUUUUUUAAAGAAAUCAAGUUACAAUUAAAAAAAAAACCUUUAUUUUCAGUUUUAAAAGUUGAAAAAUGUUAACGUUCCAAAUUACUUACUGAAAAUAGCUCUUUUCAUUUCAGCCACUUUUUUUAAAAGGCUUUUGCGAACGUGUUACGCGUACAUAAGGGCUUUGCUGUCAGCUAUCUUCUAACAUCCACUUUUGGUUAACAAUUAAUUCUUCUUCUCUUCUCAUAAGUAUGCAAUACAAACUACAAAACAAAAAACUACAAAAUUAUUUUUAGUAAAAACAUGAUUUAUUUAUUGAACUGAUCGGCUCAUAUAAUAAGAAAAAAAGGCAACUUCCGUGGAUUAUAAGUCCCUGCAAAUUACCUCUGACUUUUGUUUUAGCACAACGAAGUAUACUUUCAUUCAGAUUGAUCAAAAAAUAAAAGAAAUUUAGCGCGAACAUUAGCAAAACCAGGAAAAAUGUGACAAAUACCGCACAACAAGCGAGUUUUCACCACUUUUUGAGUCAGAAUUAAAAAUCCGAAAAAGGUCACGGUCCCAAGCAUUUCAGAUUUGGGGUCCCAUACUGCAGCAACAAAAUAUCCAAAUGGAUGAAAGAAUUGUAUGCAACAACAGUUUAAACAACACCCAGCUCUUCUGCUUAAUUUGUGUGGAAAAAUCUUUCUUCCACACUAAAUGUCUCUUAAAUUAAGGAUUCAUUUUUAAAUCUAAAAGAAGUAAAACCUGGUAUUUCCAUACUUCAAAUCAGGAGAACUUCAAAUACAAUCUAU